GAGUUUAGAAGGGAACGCACUUCCGGUGCCCUUUCUCCCGCGAGUACCUGGGGCCGGACCCUCGUGUGGAGGGUGCGAUCCGUAAACUGGAGAGCUGUAGAGGCGGGCCGGCACCCCCUUCGGACCACUGGUGCCGCCGGCCUCAGGACCGAACAUGGCCCAGAACUUGAAGGACUUAGCGGGACGGCUGCCCUCCGGGCCCCGGGGCAUGGGCACGGCGCUGAAGCUGCUGCUGGGGGCCGGCGCCGUGGCCUACGGCGUCCGCGAGUCGGUGUUCACCGUGGAAGGAGGGCACAGAGCCAUUUUCUUUAAUCGGAUCGGAGGUGUGCAGCAGGACACCAUUCUGGCCGAGGGCCUUCACUUCAGGAUCCCCUGGUUCCAGUACCCCAUCAUCUAUGACAUUCGCGCCAGACCCCGAAAAAUUUCCUCCCCCACAGGCUCCAAAGACCUGCAGAUGGUGAACAUCUCCCUGCGGGUGCUGUCCAGACCCAACGCCGCGGAGCUUCCCAGCAUGUACCAGCGCCUGGGGCUGGAUUACGAGGAGCGCGUGUUGCCAUCCAUCGUCAACGAGGUGCUCAAGAGCGUGGUGGCCAAGUUCAACGCCUCCCAGCUGAUCACCCAGCGGGCCCAGGUGUCCUUGUUGAUCCGACGGGAGCUGACAGAGAGGGCCAAGGACUUCAGCCUCAUACUGGAUGACGUAGCCAUCACUGAGCUGAGCUUUAGCCGAGAAUACACAGCUGCUGUAGAAGCUAAGCAAGUGGCCCAGCAGGAGGCCCAGCGGGCCCAGUUCCUGGUGGAAAAAGCGAAGCAGGAACAGCGGCAGAAGAUCGUGCAGGCCGAGGGUGAGGCUGAGGCCGCCAAGAUGCUGGGAGAAGCUCUGGGCAAGAACCCAGGCUACAUCAAGCUGCGCAAGAUUCGGGCAGCCCAGAACAUCUCCAAGACGAUCGCCACAUCACAGAAUCGUGUCUUUCUCACUGCUGACAACCUUGUGCUGAACCUACAGGAUGAAAGUUUCACCCGGUGAGAGGCAUGGCCUUCAGGUGGGGUGUUGACACAGAACAAGGGCCGGAGUCUGGCCACCUGGGCUCUGGCGCCCGUUACCAGCUUACUCGUGUGACCCUUGAAAACACCAUGUCUCUGAACCACUUAGAAAAGUGGGUGGUUGACAAUUCCUAACUUGAAUCUCACAGGAUUGAUUUUAUGCGAUCCAGUGGGAUUAUUCACGUAAAAAGCACUUUAAUUGUAAAGUUUUUAAGUGAAAAGUGGUAAAAGAUGAUACUGGCUGUUCUUCCUCGGGAGCUGCUCUGGGGCACGGAAGGAUGCUGGGAAAGCAGGGGUGAGAAAUGGCAGUGGCCAGGGAGCAAGUCUUCUUCCCAGAGCCUGAGAUUCCGGGCUUCCAGCGUGCUUGUCUUUUUCCCUUGGGAGCGGAGGAGGGUUUAGAGUUGGGUGGGGAAUGAAACUGUCAAGUCACAUGUACCUUUCUCUUGUCGUUCUGUGUUUCCUGUUCAUCUGGUGACCUGGCGUCCACAGGGGAAGUGACAGCCUCAUCAAGGGUAAGAAAUGAACUGCUGAACAAGAACUCCACCCUCAGGGAGGAAGUGGAUCUUUUUCUUCCCCGGUUUUUGAGGAGCCAGCUUGGGGCCCUACCCCGCCCCCACCGUCAAGUGAUGGUCCCUCUGCAUCUGUCCUCCCAGCCCUUCUCGGGUGAACAAAGACUGACCAUUUUCAAGGGAGUGACUUUCCUCCCUGUGUCGGCCAGAGGUGUUGGGACUGUGUGAUUUCCUGCAGGGUUGGUUCCUCCCUCGUGGUCAGAAGCAACAACCACCACCCCAGAGAUUCUCAAUAAAUGUUUAUUACUUAAUCCGAA